AAUAAUAAAUGUUGCUCGUGGUGGAAUAAUUGAUGAAAAAAGUCUUUUUGAUGCUCUUAAUUCUGGUCAAUGUGGUGGUGCAGCACUUGAUGUAUUUGAAGAAGAACCACCAACUGAUUUAAAACUUAUUCAACAUCCAUUAGUUAUAUGUACACCUCAUUUAGGUGCAAGUACUUAUGAAGCUCAAAAACGUGUAGCUAUUGAUUUAGCUCAACAAAUAAUUGAUUUUAAACAAGGACAUGCAUUAAGUGGUGUUGUUAAUGGAUCAGCAGUUACAUCACAAUAUGCACAAUGUAAUAGACCUAUUUUAUUACUUUGUAAAAGAUUAGGACAAAUUAUUGGAUCAUCAUCUAUAUCAACACCAACUCAAAUAUCACUUUCAUUUAAUCGUAAAGUAUU